AUGGCAAAGGAAGAAAUUGCUGCACCGCAGGAUAAUGUAAAGCCUUUGAACUACAGGGAGCAAUUCCAGGUAGGUUCUAUGCUUAUUAGUCCGUGUGAAGCUGCCUCGAAAGCCUCUUUGAGCUGUCUUAGUCGCAAUGACUAUGACCGAGAUGCAUGUCAAGCAUAUUUUCAAGCAUAUAGGGAUUGCAAGGCCGCUUGGCUUCAGCAAAGAAGGGAUGAUAGGAAAGCCGGCCGGCCUUCAUCAUAG